GCUCGAAAAGUCAUUUUGAAGUCCCUAAAAAAGGACACAGAGGCUGAGAACGGUCCACAGGGGAUCUGUAGACAACCUACAUACAACGCCAUAUUGCUAACUAACUUAGUAUGUCGAUGGGAGGCUUAGCAAUGUUCCAUAGCAAAAUGUCCGACUCCUCAUGACGCCAAAAACAGGGGGGCCGUGCCUUCCUUCCACCAGGGUCAGGUACGGUACCUAGGGCAAGCUACCCCUACGGAUACCUCGAGUGCCAAGGGCCGUGCACGCGUAAAGUGGUUGCAACCUACCGCGUCGCCCGUGACUACCGCGUUCAUGGAUUAAACUUCCGCUUGGCGCACAGUCCAAAAACUCAUGGGCGGCUCCGGUAGAUCAUUUCUCGGUCGGAAUGCGACAAUUACUACUCGAUUUCAAGUCGAUAUAGAGGGGCUCUUAUCCUCAUAUCCUCUCUCUAUGCAAAUCAAAACCGUCAAAGACGGUUGACGAGGUCUGCCCAACAUGAUAGCAAAGAAAAUGGCCCCUCGCAAGGCAGACUCGGCUGUCGCCAUGCUCUCGACGAUUCAUGAGCUUGACGGCAGCGAGGAAGGCUUCGUUUCUGAAUCAUACCACCGCCCCGAAGAUGUUGUUUACGUCGGCUCCGAUGACGAGUACUACGAGAGCUCAGCCCAGCGAACAGAACGAUGCCGCGCGAAAUUUGAGGCCUACCUACAACGCGGCAAUCAAGAACCGCCCCUGAUCAUGUCUGCUAGUCUCAAAGGACCUUUUGAAAGCAAGAGCUGGGAGAACCCCUGGCGCAGCCGAAGUCAAAGAACUGCCACUGCCGAGGUCACGAAGCAAACAAAAGCCAAGGCCAAAAGUCAUCUUCCGAGGCAGCACUCAUCAACAACUAAGCGACACGCAAUGUCAGCCGCGGACCUGGCCUGUCCCGAUACUCCUAUGGAUAUCAACCCCGCCUCCAUAGAUAAAAGGAGAAUUAAGCAAAUAGGGCUGACAGCAUCACAGCUUCCUUCAGUCAGGAGGAUCUCGGAAUCCACAGCUAAGGAACAUGCACCUACACUUCUGCCAGUGGCUGAUACCGACGGCCUUCCGAACCCCUUCAAUCCAAAGAAACGUUUGAAACAAUUAGCAGCGGACUGGCUGAGGCGCCCAGGUCCCGUCAAGAAGCGCAAGCCAGGACUGACACAACAUCAUGAACUCCCUCCUAGCUCCCCUUCAGAGCAGGUGGUCACCAAGCGCAAGAGGACAAGCGACAGCAGGCCCUCUUUGCCGGUAGUUACAGAAACUGCUUCCGACGUAGUUCCUAGGAGUUCUUAUAUCCAACAGCGUGGCAACAGACGGUUGUCCGUAUCCUCUGGCAUUGUUAUCGACGAGUCGACUAUGCCCGACGAGUCUUCUUUCAUUGGUGCAACCCUCACGCCUUUCCAGGAUCCGGCAUCACCAGGCGCCUCCUCGAAUACUGGCCGAGAGGUUGCGACCUUAGGAAGGGAAGAUUGCGCGGCUGUCCAUGUCAUUGGCAUGUUGUCUUCUACCCACAAACGCAAGAAAGCAUACAGCAACGGGCCAUCAUACCCAUCGCCUGACGCACCCGCCACAUAUAGCAGUAGUCCUCUUUCUAGCAUAGACUCGUCCAAAAUCUUCGAGACUCAGCAGGACGAGAGUUUCUGUUUCAAGGCAAAGGUCCGCCAGGCAGACAAAGCUGGAAACAAAGGGGGAAAGUCUGUAGCGCAGACACCUACUGCAGAAAUACGCCCGGGUCACCAGGGAUCCAUGGAUGACGAAAACGAGGAAAAUGAACCAGCGAUCCAGGGAUCAGGCAAAUCCCUUAUCCAGAAGCGGGUUCACGACGUAAUCCCUGAGCUUGGCAAUGCAGAGGGGCUCGGAAACGAGUGCGGAAGUGACCAUGUUGUCGAUGACGAUGAUGGCGUUGGUGAUGACGAGACUCUAGCGGUGCAAGAUGCGCCGCUUCACUUCUCUUCUAUCAAGGCGCGGCUCACUACUCAAGGCCACCGUAUUGCAGAGCCUAUAGGGAAUGAGUCACCUAUCCCUGUACGCCUUUCCGAAAUAACGGCUGCUUGUGUCAUUUCUCCACUUGAGACAAGCCAGACUCUUCUCUCUUCACAGUUGAAUGCUCUCCGAAGCCAACUGAAGUCCAAGUGCACCUCUCGAGGUGAUACCGAUUUUGCAGCUGGCAAUCACCUAGUAAACCUGCAACAGAAUUCUCUAAGGGGAUCAAAUAGGCCCAGCGCCAUCGCCGAGACUAACAUUAAUCAAGAAGGCGAAAGUGCAACCAAGUUUGAGGCAGAUGAAACAACGCUGGUUCAGGGGUCUUUCUCUGGUGUUCCGGGGCUAUACUCGCAGUUGCAGAUUAAUAGAGAGGGUGCGGAGGUUUCGCCAGCUGGAUCGCAAGAUCAUCUGCGGCUGAAGAAGCCGGGAGAAGAUAUUAGCCAGCAUCCCAGCUCUGCUCGGGGCGCCUUGGGGAGCCCAUCAACAAACUCGAAAUCCGUGUCUUUGGAUGGUUCUAGAGUUGUCAGAAUCGCCAAAUCUGGUCCAGUGUCGUCAAGCCAGCCCCUGACCGUUUUCCCGGCGAGAUCAGAACAUGCUGUCUCAUCCACGAGCACACGAAGACCAGCGUCUCAGCCUCUGCAAAAUGAUGUGUCUUUGCCUCUGUCUUCACUCAGGGCUAUCGCACAAUCAAGUCUGAACAUGUAUAUUGGUGCUGUCUGGGAUCCAGAGGUAACAACGCUGAGUCUGCCAGAUCAAGUGCUUUCCAGGCAAAUUGUUGAAGAAACGAAACCGGAAGCUCUCAUGCCUGAAGGCUUGCCGAAGUCCCCUAUCAGGUCUACCCGAUGCACAAGCUCACCGAGUCGUGAGCUCUCAAUCAACGAUGGCAGCACGGACGGAAGCGAGGAUGACAGUGAGAUCAAUGCUGAAGAGCAGCCGAUCCAUGACGCGACCGAGAUUCGAGAGUGCGCUGUUCGAAAAGCCUCACGGCCUGCUGAAGAUAUGGAAGGGAGCCCCAAACUUGCAACUCAAGACCAGAGUCCAUGGGUGGCUUCAGAAGGUGGUUUAUUAAGGACUUCAUUCCCUGUCAACCUGAACGAUGAUUCUUUCUGCCUAUCUCAGAAUAUGCGAUCAUCACCUCCGCUGCCGAGGUUUCAUUUUUCAUUUUCUGACAAGUGCGCGAGUUCCCAAACGAGUCCGACGCCGGUAGCGCAAAGCCCAUGGGCCAGGGAAGAGAUGGCGAGGCCGCAUGUUAAACGUGGCCAAACAGUUGUGUCACCGUUAUCACUAAGGACUUGUUCAAACAGCCAAGAAGUUCCCAUUCCUGUGUUACCAAGCUUCACAGACGACCGAAAAUCGGAGGAGCGAGACCACAGCAAUUCGCAGCCAAACGCCGCGUCCGUUAGCUGUCGUCCAUCGACUCCAGAGGACCAACUCUCCAGCCUACCUACCCCCGAGCUUACCUUUUCACUCAAACCCUUCCGUCGGUUCUUAUCCCCAUCUCCGCGUAGCGAGAGACGAAAGUCACGUCAUACCCCAAACCGGGCGUUGUGCACCCAAGACAUGCUGAGCGUCAAUCCUUGGGCACAAGAAUCUAGGCCAACAAAGCGAGUGAGGUGGGCCCCAUUGCCAGGAUUGGGAGAUUCGGCUGAGGAAGGCGAUGGGCCAGUUGUGGCCACAUUAUCACCUAGCGCAAGCGAAGAGAACGAAAGCGAGUCAGACAGCGGUAGCUCAGACGAUGCUGCCGGUGAUGAUGAGGAUGAGGACUACAUCGAGGCGGGUCUGUCUCGGUCGGCAAGGUCGCGCAACGUGACACGCGCGAAGAAUACUGCGGCUGCCGUGCUCGCCUCCUCUGUCAAACCCCCUCCCGUCCCAACAAGGCCACACUCGCCACCGCCCCCUGCACGGACGUUUGUCGAUGACCUCCCCAUCGAGGUAACGCUUUUCCAAAACCAUUUCGCCAAGGUGGAUAGCGAGCGGAAUAUGUUCAAGCCUAAAACUCUCAAACGCCCCCUCGCAGAGGAUGCAGAUCUGGUUCAGCAAUUUUCCGGUGACGGAAGCCAGCCAGUCGAUGCCGUGGCAAGACGAUUCGCUGAGGCGGACGCAGCUAGCGUGAGAGCGGCUGCUAAAAAGCCGAGGAGCAGCAUUCUCAAUAAACCUACGUCGUCUCCGCGGCUUCUCGAGCAGAACGAGGAGAAUGAGCAGCCGGUGGACGAUGUCAGUGCUGUUAUUGAUAACCUAGGCGACUUCCUGGGCGGAUGGGAUGUAGAUGUCGAACUGACGCAGUCGGCCCGGGAGAGGGAGCAGAAUGAAGCUCAAAGCAUCUAUGUGAAUUCAAAUACGGGCGUAAGCCCCUGGGCGUGAAGUAUUUAACACAUAGCCUUGUUUUGGUUGGGCAAAGUAUUCAUGAUGUAGUCUUGAGCAUUUGUUAUCUGGGUUCUGAGAAGCGCUGUAUUGUCACUGUCAUUCAAGAUAUUUCCCCUAGCAUUGAGCAUGUUGAAUGGUCGUGCGCUUUUAGGGUUGACCCACGAUCUAUGAAUUGAAGCUACUGUCUAGAACUAGUCAUGAUCAAGUCAUUUCCCAUAGCAAAUCGAGCUCCUUAUAUCAAUGCAUUUGCCAAUUAUAAAUAGACUCGUUUCACCG